GGGUGGCCGGGGGCGUGUCCCCGCAGGGGGCGGGGCCGGCUCUCGCCAUCUUGGCGCGGAGCGGCCGCGCCCGGCUCGGCCCCGGCGCUCGGCCCGGGGCGGGCGCUGCCCCGCCCGGCAUGCGGGGCCCGGCGGCUGCCCGGGAGCUGCUGGACGAAGCGGACAACGAGGAGGACGUGUCGGAAGAAGAUGAUGGGGUGCUGGAAGGAUUGGAUGAGUUUUUUGCAGAAGACCAAGUUGUGGUGCAGAAAAAGAAGAAAAUCAAGAAGCUGAAAGAUGGCAAGGCUGCCAAAAUCAAGAGGAGGAAGAAGGAGGGGAGCAAUGAUGAAAUGUCAGAAAAUGAAGAGGAGAUAGAGGAGAAAUCAGAAAGUGAAGGGAGUGAUUAUUCUCCUAACAAAAAGAAAAAGAAAAAACCGAAAGACAAGAAGGAGAAAAAGCCAAAACGGAAAAAGAAGGAUGAAGACGAGGAUGACAAUGAAGAUGGAAAUUUAAAGGAGCCCAAGAGCUCAGCCCAGCUCAUGGAGGAAUGGGGUCUCGAUGACGUAGAUUACGUUUUCUCAGAAGAGGAUUAUCAUACUCUGACGAAUUACAAGGCUUUCAGCCAGUUCCUCAGGCCUCUGAUUGCCAAGAAGAACCCCAAGAUCCCCAUGUCCAAGAUGAUGACGGUGCUUGGUGCCAAGUGGCGAGAGUUCAGUGCCAACAACCCCUUCAAGGGCAGCUCGGCGGCGGCGGCUGCGGCUGCGGUGGCUGCGGCUGUGGAGACUGUCACCAUCGCCCCGGGGCUCCCUGCCAGCCCCCAGCACUCUGCCCUGCCCACCAUCGUCAGGAAGGCCAAGACCAAGGAGGGGAAGGGUCCAGGUGUACGGAAGAAAAUCAAGGGCUCCAAAGACGGGAAGAAAAAGGGGAAAGGGAAAAAGAUGGGAAGCUUGAAAUUCCGGUUUGGAGGAAUCCCCAGCAAAAGGAAAAAGGGCUCCUCUAGUGAAGAGGAGGAACGGGAGGAAUCCGACUUUGACAGUGCCAGCAUCAACAGCUCCUCCAUGCGCUCUGAGUGCUCGGCUGGCCUGGGGAAGAGAGGGAAGAAGAGGAAAAAGAAAAAGAGGAUCGAAGAGGGGGACGGGUACGAGACGGACCACCAGGACUACUGCGAGGUGUGCCAGCAGGGCGGGGAGAUCAUCCUGUGCGACACCUGCCCCCGCGCCUACCACCUGGUGUGCCUGGACCCCGAGCUGGAGAAGGCCCCCGAGGGCAAGUGGAGCUGCCCCCACUGUGAGAAGGAGGGCAUCCAGUGGGAGCCGAAGGACGAGGAGGAGGAGGAAGAGGAUGGUGGGGAGGAGGAGGAGGAUGACCACAUGGAGUUCUGCCGGGUCUGUAAGGAUGGAGGGGAGUUGCUGUGCUGUGACACCUGCCCGUCCUCCUACCACCUUCACUGCCUGAACCCUCCGCUGCCAGAGAUACCAAACGGUGAAUGGCUGUGCCCACGCUGUACAUGCCCUCCCUUGAAGGGCAAAGUCCAACGCAUCCUGCACUGGGCAUGGAGGGAGCCGCCGGCCGCCGCGCUGCCCGCGCUGCCCGCCGCCGGCCCGGAGCUGGCUCUGCCCCCGCCCAAGGCGCUGGAGGGGCUCCCCGAGCGCGAGUUCUUUGUGAAGUGGGCAGGCCUCUCCUACUGGCACUGCUCCUGGGUCAAGGAGCUGCAGCUGGAGCUCUACCACACCGUCAUGUACCGCAACUACCAGCGGAAGAACGACAUGGACGAGCCGCCGGCCUUCGACUAUGGCUCUGGGGACGAGGACAGCCAGAGGGAGAAGCGGAAGAACAAGGACCCCCAGUAUGCCAAGAUGGAGGAGCGGUUCUACCGCUACGGCAUCAAGCCUGAGUGGAUGAUGAUCCACCGCAUCCUGAACCACAGCUUUGAUAAAAAGGGAGACAUCCAUUACCUGAUCAAGUGGAAGGACCUGCCCUAUGACCAGUGCACCUGGGAGAUCGAUGACAUAGACAUCCCCUACUAUGAGAACCUCAAACUCCUCUACUGGAACCACAGGGAGCUGAUGCUGGGGGAGGACACGCGCCCUCUGAAGAAGCUGAACAAGAAAGGGAAAAAGCUGAAAGAGGAGAAGCUGGAAAAGCCUCCAGAAACACCUCUUGUGGAUCCUACAGUGAAGUUUGACAAGCAGCCGUGGUACAUUGAUGCCACGGGGGGCACGCUGCACCCUUACCAGCUGGAGGGGCUGAACUGGCUGAGGUUCUCCUGGGCACAAGGGACAGAUACAAUCCUGGCUGACGAGAUGGGGCUAGGGAAGACGGUGCAGACUAUUGUGUUCUUGUAUUCCCUGUACAAGGAGGGCCACUCCAAAGGGCCAUACCUGGUCAGUGCCCCCCUCUCCACCAUCAUCAACUGGGAGCGUGAGUUUGAGAUGUGGGCACCUGACUUCUACGUCGUGACCUACACGGGGGAUAAGGAGAGCCGCUCGGUCAUCCGGGAAAACGAGUUCUCUUUUGAGGACAAUGCCAUCCGCAGUGGGAAGAAGGUCUUCAGGAUGAAGAAGGAAGCCCAGAUCAAGUUCCAUGUCCUGCUCACGUCCUAUGAGCUGAUCACCAUUGACCAGGCAGUGCUGGGCUCCAUAGAGUGGGCCUGUCUGGUGGUGGAUGAAGCACACAGGCUGAAGAACAACCAGUCCAAAUUCUUUAGAGUACUGAACAGCUACAAGAUCGAUUACAAGCUGCUUCUCACAGGGACUCCGCUCCAGAACAACUUGGAAGAGCUCUUCCACCUGCUCAAUUUCCUGACUCCAGACAGGUUUAACAACCUGGAGGGGUUCCUGGAGGAGUUUGCAGACAUCUCCAAGGAGGACCAGAUCAAAAAGCUCCAUGACCUGCUGGGCCCCCACAUGCUGCGGCGGCUCAAGGCCGACGUGUUCAAGAACAUGCCGGCCAAGACGGAGCUGAUCGUGCGAGUGGAGCUGAGCCAGAUGCAGAAGAAAUACUACAAAUUCAUACUGACGAGGAACUUUGAAGCCCUGAAUUCGAAAGGUGGUGGGAACCAGGUCUCACUGCUCAACAUCAUGAUGGACCUGAAGAAGUGCUGCAAUCACCCGUACCUGUUCCCUGUGGCAGCCGUGGAGGCCCCUGUGCUGCCCAAUGGAUCUUAUGAUGGGAAUUCUUUGGUCAAGUCUUCUGGGAAACUGAUGCUGCUCCAAAAGAUGCUGAAGAAGUUACGGGAUGGGGGUCACAGAGUUCUGAUCUUCUCGCAGAUGACAAAGAUGCUGGAUUUGCUGGAGGAUUUCCUGGAGUAUGAAGGCUACAAGUACGAGCGGAUCGACGGGGGCAUCACGGGCGGCCUGCGCCAGGAGGCCAUCGACAGGUUCAAUGCUCCUGGGGCUCAGCAGUUCUGCUUCCUCCUCUCCACCCGUGCCGGUGGUCUGGGCAUAAACCUUGCUACGGCCGACACUGUCAUUAUUUAUGAUUCUGACUGGAAUCCCCACAAUGACAUCCAGGCGUUCAGCAGAGCUCACCGCAUCGGGCAGAACAAGAAGGUGAUGAUUUACCGCUUCGUGACCAGGGCUUCUGUGGAGGAGCGCAUCACCCAGGUGGCCAAAAGGAAGAUGAUGCUCACACACCUGGUGGUCCGCCCGGGGCUCGGCUCCAAGUCGGGCUCCAUGACCAAGCAAGAGCUGGAUGACAUCCUCAAGUUUGGGACAGAAGAGCUCUUCAAGGACGAUGUGGAGGGCAUGGUGUCUCAGGGACAGCGGAUCGCCGUGCCUGAUGCUGUCACCCCUUUCUCGGACACAUCGUCAACUAAAGGGGGGGCAACAACCCCAGGCAUGAAAAAAAAGCAUGGUGGCACCCCGCCAGGUGACAAUAAGGAUGUAGAUGACAGCAGUGUGAUCCACUACGAUGAUGCUGCCAUCUCGAAGCUUUUGGACCGAAACCAGGAUGCGACUGACGACACGGAGCUGCAGAACAUGAAUGAGUAUCUCAGCUCCUUUAAAGUGGCUCAGUAUGUUGUGAGAGAAGAGGACGGUGUGGAGGAGGUGGAACGGGAGAUCAUCAAGCAAGAGGAGAAUGUGGACCCUGACUACUGGGAGAAGCUGCUGAGGCACCACUAUGAGCAGCAGCAGGAGGAUCUGGCCAGGAACCUGGGGAAAGGGAAGAGGAUCCGCAAGCAGGUCAACUACAAUGACACCUCUCAGGAGGACCAAGAGUGGCAGGAUGAGCUCUCUGACAACCAGUCAGAGUAUUCCAUUGGCUCUGAGGAUGAGGACGAAGACUUUGAAGAGAGGCCAGAAGGCCAGAGUGGCAGAAGACAAUCCCGGAGACAGCUGAAGACUGACAGAGACAAACCUCUCCCUCCUUUGCUGGCAAGAGUUGGGGGGAACAUCGAGGUUUUGGGCUUCAACGCCCGGCAGCGCAAGGCGUUCCUGAACGCCAUCAUGCGCUGGGGAAUGCCACCCCAGGACGCCUUCAACUCCCACUGGCUGGUCCGGGAUCUGCGAGGGAAGAGUGAGAAGGAGUUCAGGGCGUACGUGUCUCUCUUCAUGAGGCACCUGUGUGAGCCCGGGGCAGACGGCGCUGAAACCUUUGCGGAUGGCGUUCCCCGGGAAGGGCUGUCCCGCCAGCACGUGCUGACUCGCAUUGGGGUCAUGUCACUGGUAAGGAAGAAGGUCCAGGAGUUCGAGCAUGUCAAUGGGAAGUACAGCACCCCAGACCUGGUUCUUGAGGGCCCAGAGAGCAAGAGAUCCAGCGAGGUUGUGUCUUCAGAUCCCAACACGCCCGUCCCGGCCAGUCCAGCACACACACACACGGGACCAGUGGCUCUUGCAGACAAAAUAGAAGCACAACUGGGGUUCCAUGAGGAAAAGGACCCAGUGGAGCAGAAGCCCAGGAAGGUGUCCGAGAGCCAGGUGCCUGCUAGUGCUGAGGUGGAGAGUGAAGAGCACCCAGAAAGCUGCGACAGCAAGGAGAGGCCAAGGGAAGAGAAGCAAGAGGAUUGUGAAAAGGCUGAGCCUUCUUCUGAGCCCUUGGUGAAAGGCCUGUUCCCUCCUGCAGACGAGGGGAUUCAAGAGCAAGAGAAGCCUUUGGAGAAGGCGGAGUUGAGCAGCAGCCCAGGGAAGGGGGAGGAUAAAGAAGUCAAACCAGAGGAUGGCAAGGAGGAGGAGAAGGAGCCAAGUGAUGCCCAGCAAAACGGUGACAAAGAGGAAGAGGAGGAAGGAAAGAAGGAUGACAGAAACAUGAACUUCAGGUUCAUGUUCAACAUUGCUGAUGGUGGCUUCACAGAGCUGCACACGCUGUGGCAGAAUGAGGAGAGGGCUGCCAUGUCCUCUGGCAAGAUCUACGACAUCUGGCACCGCCGACACGACUACUGGCUAUUGGCAGGAAUUGUCACUCAUGGCUAUGCCCGCUGGCAGGACAUCCAGAAUGACCCACGCUACGUGAUCCUGAACGAGCCCUUCAAGUCAGAGAUACACAAGGGGAAUUACCUCGAGAUGAAGAACAAGUUCCUUGCCCGGCGGUUUAAGUUGCUGGAGCAGGCCCUGGUGAUCGAGGAGCAGCUGCGGAGGGCAGCGUAUCUCAACAUGACCCAAGACCCCAGCCACCCGGCCAUGGCACUCAACGCGCGGCUGGCAGAAGUGGAGUGCCUUGCUGAGAGCCACCAGCACCUCUCCAAAGAGUCCCUGGCUGGGAACAAGCCUGCCAACGCUGUCCUGCACAAGGUGCUGAACCAGCUCGAGGAGCUGCUGAGUGACAUGAAGGCUGAUGUGACACGCUUGCCCUCCAUGCUGUCCCGCAUCCCACCCGUGGCUGCCCGGCUGCAGAUGUCAGAGCGGAGCAUCCUCAGCCGCCUGGCCACCCGUGGAGGGGAUCCAGCUGCCCAGGGCUCCUUUGGCUCUGCCCAGAUCUUCAACAACUUUGGGCCAAAUUUCCGUGGUCCUGGGCCAGGUGGGAUUGUCAAUUACAGCCAGAUGCCUCUGGGACCCUAUGUGACUGAUAUUUAGCAGUUCCCACGAUUUUCCCCUGCAGCUCCCACUCCUAGCUGAGCAGCCCUGGGGACAGUCCCCUGGCCAUGAGCCGCUGUGGCCAGAGGUCAGCAGGGAAAUUGUGCCAGCGUGGAAGACGAGCUGCCGCCGGUGCUGCUGCGCUGUUCCGCUCCUGCUUCAAGUGUGCUUUGCCUGCUGCGGCCCCCGUGGGAGCGGCGGGGCUGGGGGUUUGUGUCCGUGUACAUUUUUUGCACUUUCUUAUUGAAGACUUGAAGAGUUUGUCUGGGCGAGGCGGGCUGAGGGGAGGGAGGGAGGGCUGGAGUUGCGGUGUUUGUCUGGUUGUGUUGGCAGGUGUGGGGGUGAGUGGAGGCCAGUGGUGCCAUGUCCCAGCCGGCCGUGCUCCCCAGCUUCCCCCUAAGGGCUGUCUCUUGGUCCUCGUGGUGUCUGAGCCAGCCCACGCCUGCUGCUGCCCUGCUGGAAUCCCUGGCACUGCUGCGGUGUGGCUGGGGGUCCACGUGUGCUGGGCUUGGGGCGGGCAGAUGGAGGGGAUGUGGGUGGGACAGAGGGGACAGCUGGAACUGGGAUGGGGAUACCUCGAGCGUGGUGACACCGGCAGCCGUGAGCAACGCCCCUGCAUCUGCUUCGUGCUCUGUGUGUCCCGGUUUCUGUUCUGUGUUUUAAUAAAUCCUUUGGGAAGGACGCAGUGGAGUCUGGCAGGGGAAGGGAUGGUGGGCUGGCCUUUGGGGGGGCUGGCCUUGCUCUUGGUACCCCUGUUGUCCUGCACACGUGUGUACACACACACACAUGUGUCCACAGAAACAGACACAGACAUCUACACACACACAUGUUCACAGACACACGUGUGCACAGAGAGACAGAGGGACAUGGACAGACAGACAUGAGAAUGUUUUGUGUAUCUACUGCAAUGUCUGCAUGAGUGCACAUAAUAUGUACAUAUGUCUACAUCACCCUCACAUGUGUACCUCUUCAUAAUACAGCAUGUGUAGAUCUCUAUACACACGUGUGUAGAUAUACACAGAACUGUAGGUUUUAGAUCUAUAUGUGUGCAUAUAUAUCUUUAUGUGAGCAUAUACACCCAUAAAUACUGAUUUAUUUGGGUACUGCUAUGUGGGUGUGUAUCUGUACAU